AUGCCUAGUGAGCGUAACUCUCAGCGACAGCGAAAAACUAAGGCCAAAGUCCCGAAGCCACCGCGAGGUUCUGGCCUCAAUCCAUCGGGCGAACCGGCAACUGACCAACUCUAUAUCCCCACUGAACAGCCACAGAUGUCCUCUUUCGACUUCGACGCCCAUGCGGCCCCUGGAGGUUGGCAGGGCAGUAACAACGAUAGCGCACUUCCCACCCCAAUGCCAAGUAGCAGCUCCCUGCAUAGCUGGAGCAUGCAGGGCGCCAACACCGAUAGUCGCUUAUCUUACGGCCAUUCCUACGACACUUCGUCUUUGGAGCACGCCGGCACCGACUUCGAUGACGAUCACCCCCCUUACAACUCCAACCCUCAAUUUUACGACACUGCGUCCAUGGAAGCGCCCUCCCAGGGCGCUUCCUUCAACUACCUAUCUCACGGCUCCUACCACAAUCAGAUGGCGGGCCCCUCUUACAAUACUGCGUCCAUGGAAGCGCCCUCCCAGGGCGCUUACCCACCUCAAGGAUCCUCUCAAGGCACUGCCGCCGGCACAAGCGCAACUGAUGCGACGCCCAUACAACAAGGCGAAAUUCCACGCACGGAUGUGAUGCAUACGGCGGGCCCGGCAAGGGAGCCAAAGCGGCAAGGCCAACAACGAGCUAUGCCGCCUACGCCACGCUUGAUCCCCUACCCAGCCACGCGCCCACAAGGCGCUUCCGAAUCCGCUCCCACAGCCUCAGCCUCAGUCUCAGCCUCAGCCUCAGCCUCAGCCUCCACCUCGCAACCUAUGUCCUCAACGUCUGACCUCAUCCAACUAACAGACGACAUCAUCGGCCAGACCAUGAAAACGGCAACGCGGCUGGUCAUGCACGAGCUAUUCGAGGAGCAAGCGAUGGCGAUCAACAAAGCCGCCAAGAAGAUAAUGCUGAAUCGAGUCAUCCGGGACUCCGUCCCACGUUGUUUUGGACCUAAUGCGACAUUUCAGGAAUUCAUUACUAACAAACAUCGCAAAGAAGUCGCGAAUGCGCUGUCGUCCACGCGUGGGAAGCUCGUCGAAUUCGCGCGGGACGGCGUCUUCCACGCGUACAGACUUUUCCCUCCACGGUACAGUAAUGUGCCUGCUGUCGUCUUUCGCAAACGCAUGAUCGAAAAGAUCAUGCGUGAUGCGGAUGGACUCGUUUUCAUGCAUAUCUACACUUUUGACCAAAAUGGACGCGUUGAAAUCAAGGCGAAGUUUCAAAACUUCUUCAUCAUGGCCAACGUGAUCUGCUUCACUUGGUCUCACUUACGCCACGAGUUUCUCGGCGAGACGGAAGAAGAACAGCUCAAACGUUUGAAGGUGAUCUGGGCGCUCGCCGGCGCAGCGACGUUCUGCGGCCUAGACGAGCAGCUUGAGGAUGAGUUGAAGGUUGAGUCUUUCGGGGGGGUGGUCGUCAAUCGUAAAUUCCUUUCUAUUCUAGCCGCCAUCAACAACCUCACUGGGGACGAGCGAGUAGAAUUCGAUGACUUUUUACGGUACGUGUUGGUAGUUGGACCCUCACAAGCGUGCUCGUAA